AUGAAGCCGGUUGGGACUUUGAAGAUGCUGAUAUUUGCAACACUACUGCAAGUGUCAGUACAGGGUCCUCACCAGCGCUUCCUUCUCAAGAAGCUGCUGCGGGAUUACAACCCCAUGGAACGACCUGUGGCCAACGACUCGCAGACCCUCAUAGUGCAGUUUUCUUUCACACUCAUGCAGGUGAUGGAUGUGGAUGAAAAGAACCAGAUUUUAACCACAAAUGCUUGGUUACAAAUGCAGUGGUAUGAUCAUUAUCUAAGGUGGAACCAGUCAGACUAUCCCGGAGUAAAGAACCUCCGUUUUACUCCUGACCAGAUCUGGACCCCCGACAUACUGCUUUACAACAGUGCUCAUGAUAAAUUUGAUGCAACCUUUAAGACCAAUGUCCUGGUCAAUUCAAGUGGAUUCUGUGAGUAUCUUCCCCCAGGAAUAUUCGUCAGCACUUGCAGCGUGGAUGUGCGGUGGUUCCCGUUUGACAUCCAACGCUGUGAGCUGAAGUUUGGCUCCUGGACGUUUGAUGGCUGGCUGUUGGAUAUUCAGAUGAAGGAGGCAGAUGUGUCGGGAUACAUGACUAAUGGAGAGUGGGAUUUAAUAGGGGUUCCAGGAGAUCGUCAUGAAAUGUUUUAUGACUGCUGUGCGGAGCCGUAUCCAGACGUUACCUUUGUGGUGACGCUGAGAAGAAGGACCCUGUUUUAUGCUUUGAACCUGCUGAUCCCCUGUGUGCUGCUGUCCUCCAUGACGCUGGUCGUGUUCCUCCUCCCAGCUAACUCUGGGGAGAAGAUUAGUCUGGGCAUCACUGUCCUCCUCUCUCUCACCGUCUUCAUGCUGAUGGUUGCAGAGAUCAUGCCGGCCACUUCAGACUCCGUGCCGCUCAUAGGCCAGUACUUUGCCAGCACCAUGGUGAUCGUGGGCAUGUCUGUCGUAGCCACUGUCAUUGUACUUCAGUUCCACCACCACAAUCCCAAUAAUGGACCCAUGCCGCGCCUGCUGCACCUGGUCCUGCUGCAGUGGAUUCCCUGGUUCUUGCGGAUGAAGCGUCCAGGGGAGAACGCGGACCCGCCUCUGCCUCACUGCCCAGGGGACGUCCCGAGCAAGAGUCUGUCCUCUCCUACCACCACCACCACAACCAGCACCACCAUCCCCACACCCAUGCCUCCAGGCCUGCACCCCAGCCUCACCGCAUUACAGGUCAGUCUGGCUCAGCUCAACCACCCACUAUCUGCAGCCCAUCGCCCCAGUACUCAGGCGGCCGUAGUCCCCAACCACAACCCCAGCCGGGACCCCAUGCCAAACGGCCACCUCCCCUACAUGGGUUUCCAGUCGUUUCCAAACCCCAGCGACGUGGAACCAGCACAGGGGAAUAGAACCCUCAGCCACAGUAGAGGCCACAGCGGCUUCGGUCCAGGAGAGAGCGAAGGCGCCGUGGGAGGAGACACGCCCACACACAAACUCAACUCCCCCCAGGAAACUCCUUUGACUAUAGAUCCUGAGCCCUCCGCAGGAACCAUGGCCGCGGCUGCUCUGGAGGCCGGAGGGGCAGGGGGCAGGGGCAGCCAGAGCACCAGUGUGGCCACCUCUCGCACUGGGGCCGUGGACUCUCAGCUCAGGGCUCUGCUGGGGGAGGUGCAGUUCCUGGUGGAGCGUGUGCGAGAGCAGGACCGGCAGAUGAGUCUGGUGGAGCAGUGGCAGUUUGCGGCGGCUGUGGUGGACCGUCUGUGUCUGAUGGGAUUCAGCGUCUUCAACAUCAUCUGCACCAUCGCUAUCCUCAUGGCGGCCCCCAACUUUGGAGAGGCCCUGUCCAAAGACUUUCUCUGA